CUGAAAGAUAAUUCAUGAUGUGAAAGAGCUCUAGGUUUAGGAUACAGAGGAUUUCUUCUCACCAUAGCAGGAAAAGGUACAGAUUUCAAAGGCAGUUAAGUCAAUAAUUAUUAGCUUCUUACACGAUCCUUUAAAAUGUAGUUUAGUUUCCUGUGUCUUCAGCAUUUUAGAAGUUCUAACUAGAGAACUCAGUUUUCAUUAAAUCAUUUAUAUGUAUAAUCCAUGUAGUUGUACAUUUUUUUUCUUGCUGCUGUUGAACAACAGAAUACCUUUUAACCAUUAGAACUGCAAAAAUUGUUGCUAGUAAAAGUCAUAAGGUAUUAUCUUUAUUAUGAACCAACUUCUAUUUCCCCUGAAAUCACUGAAAAACUUCAUUGACUGCAAAGGGAUGAGAAUUUAGUUCAACACGGAGAAAUCAGUGUGAGAAGUGAAGGAUUUAGCUCUAAUUAUGUUGCUGGUAAUUUCAAUUUGUUUUGCCUAACAUUGCUUGUGUUGUGUGUAUGGACACUUUUUUAUUUUUUGCGUUGCAACUGCUGCCAUCUACUGUGUAAAUGCUGGGAUUACAUGUACUUAACACGAAGGGGUUACAUUGGCUGACUUAAUGGAAGAAAAGAAGAAAAGCAGAUUUAGCUGCUUUGGCCGUUCUUCCAAUAAACAUGGUAAAACAUGUUCGGAUUUGCAGUUGAACUGUCUUUUCUGCCAGUAAUGCAUCUUAUGUGUUAGCUUUUGAAAGCACAUAUUGUAUGCAUUUCCUGAAAUAGAGGUAUAAACGUCUUUAGCAUGUAGACACUCAUGCAUGCAGUUUUUCUGCUUUUUUAAGUGCAUGUUUCAAAGUGUGCAGUGCUCUAACUUCCUAACGCAUCAUUUUUAAUUUAUUUAGAUUUCCACUGAAUUUUCUUUGUGAGUGUUCAUGUUCAAGCCUAGGUUUUCCUUUUCAGGUGACCCAGAUGUAAAACUGUGUUUUAAAUUCAGGUGGGAAGAAAUCCA